GCCGUGGCUCCUCGCAAGACGUUCACCCUACGUUCAUUCAAACUCCCGCCAUCGUCUCAAUAAAACCUUUCACCGGUAAAAUACGAACACCAACGCGACGGGCAGAACUUGGACUCUUAGACCGACCUGUUCGAUCUUUUCAGCCCUGCACUGAAUCUGCAGGCUCCUCAGCUGCAGGCUGGUUCCCAUGGUAACCCAGCUCCCGCGACCGGCCGCGCGCAGCAGUGAUAGACGGGGGAGAGACAUGAGUCAUCGAUAGCGACACCACCGACAUCAGCGACAUGACAGCGACCGGCAACCGACGGCCGACAUCCCGACAACCGACGGACCACAGGCAGAGCUCCGUUGGCCCGUUAGCGUGUUAGCAUGUCGGCUCUCCGCUGCUGACAGCACAGACGACGGCGGACUGUUAAUGAGCCCGACGACCAGCAACCACCGCAGUGUUGCUCCGACCCGAGGCAUCACGGCAACAGACACACAGCAACUCCAUCUACAGCAACACAGACUGUUGCUGCAAUGAGAAUCUGAGACGCCAGCAACCACGCAACCAAGAGGAACUGUUGCCGUACAAUGAGCAGCAUGUUGCGUCAACCUAUCAGACUACAGCAACCUGACCGACAACAUCCAGGCUGCCAGCAACUGAAGCUGUGAUAACAAUAGGAACAGCCACUAUACGAUGAGAUGACAAGCAACUAGAAGGCCUAUUUUUCUACCAGCAACUAUAGACUCUUUGAUCCGGAAGAACAACACAUUGCUUCAACAAGGACUACAGCAACUAAACCUACAGCAAAUGUAUCUUUGGCAAAAAAACAAAAAAACCAACUUAAAUAAAAACCACGUUGCUUCAACCUGAGUGAGACUACGGCAACAACACAGACAACAACAAGACCGAGAACCUCCAGCAACUAAUAAUGAACAGCAACCGGACCGAUGUCUGAUCAUCUGUGAUGCUUCAACCAGAGACAGUCAGUAACCAAACCUCCCCUCAGGUCUACAGCAAUUAGCAAUCACACCUCCGUCUUCAGCAGCAGAUACACCUGUGACACACCUGUACAGCAAUGUGAUGGGAGAAAGGUGUUCACCUGCAUGAUGUCAUGACGCCAGUCGGCUGACCCCUGACAGUGAGUGAGUCAGGUUCAUCACCUAUCAGGAACUGACCAACCAGAGGGGUCCAAACAAUGCUUCAGUUUGGUAUUCAGGUGACAGACUCAGGUUGAGUUAGGCUCCCCCCACCGCUGACCCUCUGCCUUGCUUCAAGUGAAGACAACAGCCAAUAGAAUGAGCCAGUUAAAGGAGGUGGAGCCUUGCCAGGAGCUGGAGGGCAAGGUGCAGACUUGGGCUCAGUCUCUGGUUUACACUCUGGAGGAGCUUGAGUGUAAAAUCUGUUACAACCGCUACGACACUCGCAGCAGGAAACCCAAACUCCUGGGCUGUCUGCACCGAGUCUGUGCCAAGUGUCUGAAGAAGAUGGUCGACAUGGGAGAGUCAUCGCCCUCGAUCAUCAUCUGUCCAUUCUGUCGCCAUGAGACCCACGUCCCAGAGGAAGAGGUGUGGCUGAUGGAGGACGACCGACACAUCUUGGCUGUUCUGUCGUGUCAGGACCGAGCCCGGCGUGGAGGAGGAGGAGGAGGAGGAGGAGGAGGGGAGGUGGUGUUGACUCCCACCAGUCUGACUGCAGGCGGCGUGGAGUCGUCUCACCGCUCCUCAGACUGUCUGGUCAUCACCAUCAUGGAGCUUCCUGAGGAGUCUCCGUCUUCACAGUCACUGAGCAUGCUCAACGUGGUGGGUCUGUACCGCCCCCCCAGUCUGGACUCGCUGCCCUGCAACCUGCCCUCACAGAAGUGUCACACCUGGACGUCACGCAGCUUCCCCCGCUGCCUGCUGGGGGCGCUGUGUCUGGUGUACUUCAGCUCCCUGCCUCUGGGAAUUUACCUGCUGAUGAUUGGUCAGCUGUGGCUGGGCGUGGUCCUGGUCAGUCUGGUUCCUUCCACGCUGCUGCUGCUCGUCCUGUAUGGCUUCUGUCAGUGUCUCUGCCAUGAGAUGAUGGAGGCGCUUGCAGCGCGCACCCACACGCUGCCGUGACGAUGACGACACAAGUGCUGCCAUGAUGACAGCAGCAACACGUCGCGCUGCCAUGGCGACGAAAACAAUGACAUUGCUGCAGUAACAAUAACAAAACAGCUACAAUGUGGCCAUAGCAACAACAACAGUAACAUUAUCCACCACACACCUGAAAUCACCUGUAGUCCCGCGCACCAGACUCUGACACACCUGUCCACUCUGGCUCCGCCCCCAUCUGAAAACCAGCAUUACUCCGAAGCUGCAGCCAAUCACAGAGGACUACUGAUUACACCAUCACAAAGACUCCGCCUCAUCUGUGCGAUGUUUUACUGUGAAAGUUCUCUCAGUUUCUCUGUCGCCUGCUGCUGGAGAGCGGAGAACAGCUGAUCAUUGACGGAAUUAUUGAUCAUCUUUCUCGGAUCAAUGUGAAUCUGUGACUCUGAGUCAGCACUGUUUAUUUAACCCUCCUGACAUGAAAGGGCCAGGGCUAUCAGCCUAGCUUAGCACAAAGACUGGAAGCAGGGGGAAACUGUUAGCGUAGCAUAGCAGGAGAGCUGUUAUCGCUCUACUGUGGAAAACGCUAAAAGCUUUGAGCACAAACCAUAAGAACGGGACCAGAUCUGAGCAUGUCCUGGGCUGCGGUUGAAAACACUCACCACAUCUCCUUUCCUUGCUAUGUCUCCUUUCCUCACCACAUCUCCUUGACCCUGAUGGAAAUCAUCAUGAGGUCAAGGAAAGAAGUGAAGGAGAGUCCUUAAGGAGUUAGGAAACAUAUCUGAAUGCAGUUAAUAUGUUUUCAGUUUCUACAAAGAAACAUUUAACCAUCAGUUACUCACAGAAAGUAACAACAAUAUAUAUAUAUAUAUAUAUAUUAUUGAAUAUAAUUUUGAAAUAAUAUAACACAAGCAAAAUACAAGUUGAGCCAUUAAAAGAUUAAUUAAUUAAAAAAUGGAACAAACAGUCUAAAUAAAUGAUAUCCAGACAUAGUAUAUAGAGUGUCUGUCAGGCAGCUUUUGACCUUUUUAUAUAUUUGAGUUGUAUAUUUAAGUGGAGAAAAUUCCUUUUUAUUUUUUCAUCAGUUCACAGUCAGAGAUUAAAAUUUUAUUUAUAUUUGUAUGACAUUAUGCUGAUGAUGUUGUGAACUAUAUGUUCAAACUAUACGUACGUGCCCUGGCUGGACAGAUGUAGAUAAUGAAUCUAUAUUUAUGGAUUUGUCAAUUUACAUCAGUUUUGGAUCGCGUCCCUUAAUAAAUCAGCUGUUCUCUUUCUAUAUUUACAUGUGUCUGGUGCAACAUCAAUGUUUUGUCUCAUGCUACUACAAUGAAUUAUGGUUUGGUAUUUUCUCAUUUCAUCUGUAAAGGAUGCUCUAGUGUUUCCUAAAGGAGAUAAGACAGGAAGCUUUGAAGCUCCUUUUCUCAGCUGCUGAAAUACUGGUCAUUUCACUCAGUCUGAUCCUUCCUGAGAAAAACGCACUGUUCGACUCCAGCCCCAGUCUCUCAGGUUCUGGUUCUGGUUUCUCAGGUCCUGGUUUUGUUCUCUCACCAAUAAUGUCAGACUAAAAGGAUGCGACAGGACAGCGCAGCAUCCAGAAAUCAGCGUCAAGAAUCCACAAAAGGUCAUGGUCUGCGAGGAGGCGACUCGUGACUUACAUGAAGAAGAAAAGUGUUUUUUAAAUAAAGGCCGAUUUAUCCAUGUUUCUGUUUUUGAGGGUGUGUGGAUCUGCUGAUCCCUUUAUUACUUGUAUGAUCUGAAAAUAAUGUGAAUGUAUGUAGAUAUUCACAUGACGAUGAUGAGGUGCACAUAAUCAUUUUAUUAUCUUUAGUUUGAAUUGAGGCAAACAGUCUCUCUCAUCUUGAGAUCUUGUGUGCUAAGCUAGGCUAACAGUUUCCCUGUACAUGAGGUGUUUGUGCUAAGUUAGGCUAACAGUCCUGGAUUAGAUUCUGGAGGGUGUUGGAUUUCCUUUAAGGUUUUCGUCUCUAUUAAGUGCCAUUGUUUGAUUUGAUGUCUGAUUGAUGACACCAGAGGGUACCCGCUGGUGGUCGGCUGACAUGUUGUAUCACUUCCUGUCUGUAUAGUGGGUGGAUCAUGUGGGGGGAUCACCUAGUGUUUAGUUUCAUUAUAAGAUCAAAUAAACUGCAGAGACUGAGA